UAGAAUAAGGACGUGUUUGCUUGUGGCGUAGCUUUAAAGCGUAAAAAAAUUCAUCCAGAGAGAUCGAGAGAUCGAGAGAGAGAGAGAGACAGAGAGGAGAGAACUUAAAUCUUUAAUAAAACUUUUUGAUACAAGGCGCAAAUGGGGUCUAUCAGCAAGGAUGAGAGGGAGGAAGUUAUACAGGCAUGGUACAUGGAUGAUAGUGAUGAAGACCAACGAUUACCCCAUCACCGAAAUCCAAAGGAAUUUGUCUCGCUAGAGAAACUUGCCGAACUUGGGGUGCUUAGCUGGCGACUAGAUGCAGAUAAUUAUGAAACAGAUGAGAAGUUGAAGGAAAUUCGUGAAUCACGUGGAUACUCUUACACGGACUUCUGUGAGGUGUGCCCAGAAAAGUUACCAAAUUAUGAGGAGAAGAUAAAAAACUUUUUUGAAGAGCAUCUUCACACUGAUGAGGAAAUCCGCUACUGUGUUGCUGGAAGUGGUUAUUUUGAUGUGAGGGAUCACAAUGAUGGUUGGAUCCGAGUAUGGGUAAAGAAAGGCGGAAUGAUUGUACUGCCUGCUGGAAUUUACCAUCGCUUUACACUUGAUUCAAACAACUAUAUUAAGGCUAUGCGGCUUUUCGUUGGCGACCCUGUAUGGACUCCUUUUAAUCGCCCACAUGAUCAUCUUCCUGCAAGGAAGGAGUAUCUUGAAUCCUUCGUGCAGAAGGCAACUGCAAAUAACAGCGUGGAUGCCACAGCUUGAUAACGUAUCUUCAAAGAUUGCCGAAACUUAUACAGCUACAGCAAAUGAACGCGUCAGUGUCUGGACACUAAUAUGAGUCUUGCUAUAUCUACUUCGCUGUUGUACUCUUUUCAGUUGGUUUCCUGAAUAAAUGUAGCUGAUAUAAACUGUCUUGCUGGAUUUAUGAAUAUAUGCCCUGUUUGUACCUUGCAUGCCAAAGAAGAGUGCCGUUUUCUGGUGUA